CCCACCGCCCUGCCCUCAUCUGAGAUGGUGACUGUGCGGGCGCUCUAGCCGCGCCUUUUCGAUUCCCGGAGUGGGCGGUGCCGUCGUCACUGGCUUUGAGGUGGCUGCGGCGCAGGUCGGGGCGAGCUCUGGUGGCGCCGGAGCCCGUAGUAGUCUUUUGUACGAGGAGGGUGGGGGUCUCUGACCUCUUCCCUCCUGUGCCGGGUUUCUCGGUUCCUUCCCUACGCGGGCCUACCGCUCCCCCGUGCAGCCCCGCCGCGGGCCGGCUGUAACUGCGCUCCCGGGCCGGACGAUGCCCAAGAAGCUGCUGCUGCUGCCCCCGCUGUCCGUGUCCUCCACUUUCCGCGCCCUGCGAGCCUGCCCCGCCGCCCGCCCGGCCAUGAACGCCGCCCGCACCGGCUACCGAGUCUUCUCGGCCAACUCCACGGCUGCCUGCACCGAGCUGGCCAAGCGCAUCACCGAGCGUCUUGGUGCUGAAUUGGGGAAGUCUGUGGUUUAUCAAGAGACCAAUGGAGAAACAAGAGUUGAAAUAAAAGAAUCUGUUCGUGGCCAAGAUAUUUUCAUUAUACAGACAAUACCCAGAGACGUGAAUACGGCCGUGAUGGAGUUACUGAUCAUGGCUUAUGCCCUGAAGACCGCGUGUGCCAGGAAUAUUAUCGGCGUCAUCCCCUACUUCCCCUACAGCAAGCAGAGCAAGAUGAGGAAGAGGGGCUCCAUCGUAUGCAAGCUCCUGGCAUCCAUGCUGGCGAAAGCCGGUUUAACUCACAUUAUCACUAUGGAUCUUCAUCAAAAGGAAAUACAAGGCUUUUUCAGCUUUCCUGUGGACAACCUUAGAGCCUCACCUUUCCUGCUUCAGUAUAUCCAGGAAGAAAUUCCAAAUUAUAGAAAUGCAGUCAUCGUAGCUAAGUCUCCUGACGCUGCAAAAAGGGCCCAGUCGUACGCAGAGAGGCUGCGUCUGGGUUUAGCUGUGAUCCACGGGGAGGCUCAGUGCGCAGAGCUGGACAUGGAUGACGGCCGUCACUCUCCCCCGAUGGUCAAGAACGCGACUGUCCACCCUGGGCUGGAAUUGCCAUUGAUGAUGGCCAAGGAGAAGCCACCGAUCACGGUCGUCGGAGAUGUUGGAGGACGCAUUGCGAUCAUUGUGGAUGACAUCAUUGAUGAUGUGGAAAGUUUUGUUGCUGCUGCGGAGAUCCUGAAAGAGAGAGGCGCCUAUAAGAUCUACGUCAUGGCCACUCACGGCAUCCUGUCUGCGGAGGCCCCCCGUCUGAUCGAGGAGUCCUCCAUCGACGAGGUGGUGGUGACGAAUACUGUCCCUCACGAGGUCCAGAAGCUGCAGUGUCCCAAGAUUAAGACUGUGGACAUCAGUCUGAUUCUUUCUGAAGCGAUUCGGAGAAUCCACAACGGGGAGUCCAUGGCGUACCUUUUCCGAAACAUCACAGUGGACGACUAGCUUUCCCGGUUGCCUUGGCCCCGGAACUCCCAAGGAAAACAUGCGAAAAACAGUGCCAUCAAUUAUGUACACAGCAUUUCCUUUCAAGGGAGGCAGAUGGUCUCCCCUGCCAAGUUUGGUGGGUAGGAGGCAUUAAGGUGGUCAAGGGGAAGACAGAGAUCGUGGGUCCGUGGCCUCAACUGUCUGUCGUCGCCACCCCGUUCCUUAACAGAAAGUUAGACACCUUCCUGAAGAGACUCUGAAAAUCUUGUUGACAUUGAAAGGCAGUGAAAGGGAGAUAAAGUCCUAACUCUCUGACGUUCAUUCAGUUGUUUCCACCGCAGGGAAACGUCCGUGUUGAUGUUGAACUUGGUUAGGGAAGCUGAGCACCCGGCACUGUUCCUGUUCCAGUUGUCCUCUCGCCAGUCCACCUCGUGCACAUCUUUUACAGAGAAUCAUAUUUUUCUUUGAGAAACUCCUUGCCAGCCGCCAGUGGACAAUGAAGCGUUUAUGGUGUUAACUCCUAGCAAGGACAUCAGGUUAAGGAAUCACAUCCUAACUCUGGAUCUCCGAGUUGCUCUUAAAUUGCAAAUAAAAGAAACUUCUGUC